UGCACGCUCGGUCGUUUAAUCUGGGAAAAUAAAAAUGGUCGUUACGUGUGAGAUCAGCUUCGAUAAUAAUAGACUCGGUACUUUCUACGCGGGACAGCUUGUCAGCGGCUGUGUGACCCUCAAGUGCGACAGAUCCAAGGAUGUGCAAGCCGUGCUACUUAAGGUGGUGGGGUAUUCCAUUACCAAAUGGACCGAGAAGAGUCUCGGAUCGUCAAAGCUCUAUGCGGGCCGUGAGGAUUACCUAGCAUCCAACACUUAUCUGUUAGGGUCCGAGCAAAACAGCAACAGACACACCAUUCAGGCUGGGGUGCACAACUACAACUUCGCCUGCCAGCUGCCCUACCAGUGUCCUUCGUCCUUCGAGGGCCGCCACGGCUGCAUCCGCUACAUAGUCAAGGUCCUACUCAUCAGACCGUGGAAGUACGAUCAGGCCUAUACAAAGGGCUUUACGGUUCUCAAGAUGCUGGACCUGAACUUUGACACGCCCCAGCUAAGAUUGGCUGCCCACAGCGAGGGUUACCGAACCUUUUGCUGCGGUCCCUGCAAGACGGAUCCUCUCAAAUUGGAGCUGAACCUGCCGCAAGCGGGCUACGUGCCCGGACAGAAGAUUCCGGUGACCGUGGUGGUGGUCAACAACACUGCGGUGGCCGUCUCCGAACUGCGAGUCGCCCUCGUAAUGCUGGUCCGGUACUACAGCGUGAGUCCCGAGCACUCCCGAGUGGAACGAAUCAUAAUAUCGCGGGCCAAGGGGGAUUCGGUGCUGAAGCAGUGCACCCGCUCCCUGACCAUCGAGCUGCCGGUGCCAUCUACCCCGCCCACUUGCGUGGAGCUGAGCAACCUCAUCCAGAUCGCCUACCAACUGGAGGUGGAGGCUCUGGUAAAGAGUCUUCGGAAGCAGCAGCUGAUGGUCAUGCCGGUUACUAUUGGAACGAUUCCCCUGGCAGUUCCAGGCAUUGUGGUCCAACAACCUCCCCGGCGGAGUGCCCACUAUGAGGGACCGCAGUCCAGAAGGGAUCCUCCCGACGAGCUCCCCAUGGUCACCGCCCUCGGCAGUGUGCGCAGCGAUUUGACGCCCAGCCCAGCUGAUUCAGCACUUCCAAGUUAUGAGGAGUCGCGGCACACGCAGCGCGGCAAUAUCAACGAGGAAGAGCUCCAUGCUUUUGGGAUCAACGAGUUUGCUCCCCUCUAUCCUGUCUACAGUAUACCCAGUCCUACCCCCGUGCUCUCGGCAAAUACUCGGAAUGCGGGAUUCGUGAACCAAAGCUUCGUCAAAUAGACCGUUUAUAACAUUAACAUUAUUAAUCAAUUUUACACUUCUUCAUAACAAUCGAAAAAAAUAAACCAGUAAUUCUAAAAAGAGGAA